AUGCUGUCGUUUGUGUUUCCGCCUCCGUGCGAAUGGGAUCCGGCCAAGGACAUGCCUGACCAGACCGGCCGUGUCGCCAUUGUGACAGGAGGGAACUCGGGUAUUGGGUUUGAGAUCGCGCGGUGGCUUUUGCGGAAGAAUGCCAAGGUAUACAUUGCGUCCCGCAGCGAGCAACGUGCCAACGUCGCCAUCAAGAAGUUUAAGGAGGAGGGCCUGCCUGGCGAUGCCAUUUACAUGACCCUGGACCUCGGGAGCCUGGUGAGCAUCAAGAAGUUUGUUAUUAGCUUCUUGGCCCGCGAGCAGCGCCUCGACCUUCUCUUCAAUAAUGGCGGCAUUACGAAUUUGGACCUCCACGCUACGACAGUCGAUGGUUACGAAACGAAUAUGGGAAUCAAUGCUCUGGGGCCGCACUAUCUCACGCAGCAGUUAAUUCCGGCGCUGGUUGCUUCCUACAGAACCACGCCAGAAAACCCCCCUCGGGUAUGCUUUACGUCCAGCCUGUUGCACCGCGGCGCGUCAGCCAAGGGCUUUGACCCCGAGGACCCCUCGGGCCUCAAGGCACCGCGUCCCUUUGGGCUGGCGCCCCAAAUGCGCGCGUACGGUUCGAGCAAAUUUGCCAACAUCCUCUCGGUCAAGAAGCUGGACCGCCAGUACGGCCCCGACGGCAUUGUCUUUACCGCUGUGCACCCCGGUGGGCUGCGUACGGGAAUCUUGAAGGACAGUCCGGGCCUGUUUGGCGCCGCGCUACGACUCACGUCCCAGCUCUUUUUCUACCCGCAGGAAAUGGGCGCACUGACGCCGCUCUACGCAGGCACCGCCCCCGAGACGGCGAAAAAGGGCGGACGCUACUUUGCCUCGUGGGCGCGCGAGGUGGAGCCCAUGACGCUGACAGAGCACGAAGGGAUCCAAGAUGCAUUGUCCAAGCACACGUAA